AUGCAUCACUACCCGCCAUCCUCGCCACCUCCAUACCCUGGCACCCCACAAUCGUGGCGUUUUCCAAUAUCAGAUUUCCUGUCGAACGAGAUGCCGAGUAACGCAUCUUAUUACGACAUUUUAUUUGGUGCUGAAGUAGGGGCGAGGGCCAAAGGCAACCCUCUCUCAAAACCGACAGCGCCCAUCAUUCCCUUGAGGGCAGUAAGGCGCUCAUCUAUUUAUCGACCCUCGAAGGCAGAAAACAGGGCAGCUCGUAUCAUUGGAGGGCGGGUGAUCGAAGAUGUUGUUCGAGAUGUCGACGCAAGCGAGAUGAAGGCUCAGCAUCCUCCUCCCAUGAAAGAGGAGGAGAUGAUAGACCACCUUGCCACACACCUCACGGUUCCGAAUGCAUCGCACAAAUUCCUCGCUACGCCACUCCUACAUCUUCGAGCCUAUUUUGUCCACCGAAAGAAGUCUAGGAGACGGGACAGUCAAGAUCCCAUGACUCCUCUGAUCUGGAGCAACGAAAUCAUGGAGGAGAAAGACGCCACUGAUCGCGUUUCGUUCUCAACAGCGAGGGCCAGGGAGAGUACCAUCAACUACGCAGAUAGAAAAGUAGCUCCGUAUAACGGGUAUAGUUUGGACGAGGCGACAAAGGAGGCGCUGCGCGUUGCGAGAAUAUUAAGCCGAGAUUGGACGUUUGAACCCCUGCAUAGUCACUCCCUUCAUUAG